GGAUGUGCCCUAGCUGUCAAAGUAAGGCGUAUACCGUAAAGUGCGGAGCUCGGGAGCAUUGAAAAACAGGGGCUGAGGAUGCGGAUGAAGCGCCCAGGAAGCGCCGCUCGUCUGAACAUGCUUGUAAACCCUCAACAUCCGCGGGAGGAGCCCUGAUUAAAUGUAAGCCAAACCCCAUCACAUUCGCGGAGAAGUAACCUACUGUGAGCAUUGGAACAUGGAUAAACAGCCCGGAGCCGCCGGAGUGCCCGACGGAUCUGGGCCGAAUAGGAAGCCGUGGACACCGGCGUCAUGCAGUCCUGUCCCCGGUGAAGCUCCAGAGAGUCCCUCAGGUUCUCAUGUCGAGUGGUGUAAGCAACUGAUCGCAGCCACAAUCUCCAGCCAGAUCGCUGGACCACAAGAGAUGGUGAACAGGGACAACAAGGGUUGGAGAAGACCAGAAUUGCGGGUGACCAGGAAAGCUAAUUCAUUGGAUAGCCUGGAUGAUGGGCUUUGCUACCAGGGGGAUUCUGACUCUGAGCAGCUUCCCAAUGCUUCGAACCUCCCAGCUCUCAGAUACGGGGCGCAGGUCAAAAUGACACAGAAUCAGGUUCCUCUGCUUCCUGGGGAGAACAUCCAGACUUCUGUCAAAGACGUCAUGUACAUCUGUCCGUUCAGUGGACUUGUUAAUGGGACUCUAAACAUCACAGACUACAAGCUCUACUUCUUCAGCGUGGAAAGGGACUUCACUCUUGACGUCAACCUCGGAGUCAUCAGCCGACUGGAGACCAUCACUGUGCCAAAUCAGGGUGCGAACACCAAGGGACUGGAGUUGGUCUGCAAGGACAUGAGGAGUCCUCGCUUUGCCUACAAGACAGAAAACACCAACCCAGAUGUGGUGGAACUGCUGGCCAAAUACAGCUUCCCUCUGUCCCACAGCAUGCCACUGUUUGCUUUCUCGUACAAGGAGCAGUUUCCUGUGGACGGCUGGAAGGUUUACGACCCGACAGCUGAGUACAGGCGACAGGGUCUUCCAAAUGAGAGCUGGACGAUAAGCAAGAUGAAUGCCAGCUACGAGCUGUGUGACACGUACCCGUCUGUCCUGGUCAUCCCCACCAACAUAACGGAUGAGGAAAUUAAGCGGGUUGCCGUUUUCAGAGCCAAACACAGAAUACCGGUCCUGUCGUGGAUCCAUCCUGAGUCGCAGGCCACUAUCAUCCGUUGCAGCCAACCUCUCGUCGGACCUUCAGACCGCCGCUGUAAAGAGGACGAGCGUCUCCUCCAGAUCAUCAUGGACGCCAACGCGCAGUCACACAAGCUCACUAUCUUCGAUGCCAGGCAGAGUAGUGUGGCUGUCACAAACAAGACGAAGGACGGAGGUUACGAAAGUGAAAGCUUUUACCCAAACGUGGAGCUGAACUUCCUGGAAAUCCCCAACAUUCAUGUGAUGAGGGAGUCUCUGAGGAAGAUGAAGGACGUGGUGUAUCCCACCAUCGAUGAAGCACACUGGCACUCCAAUAUUGACCAAACCCACUGGUUGGAGUACAUUCGUCUGCUGCUCUCUGGAGCGGUUAAGAUCGCUGACAAGCUGGAGUCCGGCAAAACAUCAGUGGUGGUUCACUGCAGCGACGGCUGGGACCGGACUUCGCAGCUCACCUCUCUGGCCAUGCUAAUGCUGGACAGCUAUUACCGCACGCUACAGGGGUUCCAGGUUCUGGUGGAGAAGGAGUGGAUCAGUUUUGGACACAGGUUUGAAGCUCGUGUCGGCCAUGGGGACGAGAACCACGCUAACUCAGAACGCUCGCCUCUCUUCGUCCAGUUCGUGGACUGUGUGUGGCAGAUGACUCGGCAGUUCCCUUCAGCCUUUGAGUUCAACGAGCUGUUCCUCAUCACGGUUCUGGACCAUCUCUACAGCUGUCUAUUUGGAACAUUCCUGUUCAACAGUGAACAGGAGCGGGCUGCAAAGGACGUCCAGGGAGAGACGGUGUCUCUGUGGUCGUACAUCAACAGUCAACCGGAAGAGUUCACCAACCCCUUCUAUGUGGACUACCAGAACCAGGUUCUCUGCCCGCUGGUGUCCUCCAGACACCUGGAGCUGUGGAGCAGCUACUACGCCCGCUGGAACCCUCGCAUGAGACCACAGAUGCCAGUGCACCAGACUCUGAAGGAUCUUCUGUUCUUGAGAGCUGAGCUCCAGAGGAGGGUGGAGGAGCUGCAGAGAGAGGCCUCCUCCCACUCGCUCUCCUCCCCCGAACACUCCCCGCCCUCCUCUCACACGGGAACCCCACUGCACACCACCGUCUGAUGCACACAGUCCGUGUUGUGGAGGGACUUGUUCCUCCAUACCAACAAAAUAUGCAACGUUGACGCGCCAAAAGUUUAUUUAUGAAAUGAACUAAAUUAUUUUUACACCUGAAGAGGAGGUGUUGGUUUGCUUUGGCUAGAUUUACAAACUGGUCCACAAGAUUGUGGGAUUUAACGGUGGGUGUCGCUGACAAGUCUAGUUAAGUUAAGGUUGUGAGGGAAGGUGGGCAGGAAACAAAUGCCAGCCAUGGUUUUUCAGUGGAAAAAAAGUGUUAAUUUUGCCUUCCGUAGGUGUCACUGUUGUUUACAUUGCAUGUUCAGUUGUUGCCAAACUGUCAAUAUACGUAACACACAUACACAAAAUGAAACCAUCACAUAUUCUUUCUCAUCUGUCUCACUCUUAAACAUAUGAGAUGAAUUGGGAUUUGUCAGCAAAUAUCUGUGCAUUUUGUAUUAUAUUGUUCUGAGGCUGAAAAAAAUGACUAUAUUUGGGAAUGAACAGGUUCUAAUUUGAGUAUUUGAAAAAUGUGGCCAGAGAAUACACAACAUGGGAUGUGAGAUCAUUUAUCAUAUUUCUCUGGGUUUUUUUUCAAUGUAUAUAUCAAUGUUUACUGUUUAAUUUAUUCCUCCACGCAGGAUGUUACUCCUGAGUUGAAGGAACAAGGUGAAGCUGAGGAUGGGCAUGGUGAAUUUAGUUUGCCAACAUCUCUCUAUAUGUUUUGUACAUAGCACUAUGUGGGUUUACUGUUGAACAAUAUUUUUGUCUUAAAAUACCUUACGUUUGCGUGUACUAAAAGUGUGCUGUAUGCAAAACACUGCACCAAGCGAUGAAAGAUUGUCGUUUGCGCGAACGGUUAUGUGAGGCUCACAAUUGAGGAUCUAAAUUCAUGAACCUAAGAGCAAAAUUGCACCUAGAAAUUGCAUUUUUUUAGCAUGUGUUGAAAGUAGGCGCAGUGAUUUCAUUUUUUGCUCUAAGCAUUUCAUGCUGCAAACCUAGAAACAGGCUGAUUUUAAUGUCUCCAACACAUGCCACAGAUAUUUUAAGGGGCUGGUUUUCAAGCCAGAAGAAGAAAAUAUAAUUGUUACUGCUAAAUACAUUUUGAUUAAAAAACAACAACAACAUUCAAUUGAGUCACUGAAAUAAUCAACUCUAAUGUGUCUAUUUUGACAAAGUUGUCGCCAUCUAUUCAACAAAGUGGUCUCAGCGCUGCUGGGUCACGUCCAGUGGAAGUAUUUCUAAUUAAAAGCGUGGGCUUUCACAAGCACUGUGUUUAACUGUCUGAUGCUGCCAGUCAGAGGGCCAGAUGGGUGGAGAGGAGUGGGCGGGGCUCUGUGUUGCUCAACUCAAAUACAGAGUAACUUUUGUUUUUCUCCUAGAUCUAAUUGGUUUUUUCUCCAGAAUUUAAGAAUGAAGUCAAAAAGUCCAGAAAGGGCACUUGUCUCAAGAGAGGGAAAGGGUCUGGUACGCGAGCACCACCAGGGGUCUAUCGAUGUUCCCGACUCAUGCAAUCUCAGUAUAACCCAGGCCAUGAAAAUGGUUCUGCCUCUCGUGCAAAAUUAGUACACGCAAACUAAGACCUUUGACCAUGUAUUCGUCCCUCACUCACCAGUGUUCCUAACCUAUUGUUCUCACGCGACUGUCCUAUGUGCCGUCACCACUCAUGGAUGCAGCAAUACAACACGACACAAUCCGGCCGAUCACGUCCACAACACUCAUCCUGUGCCAUUCAUUUACUCCACUCGUGUUAUUUUGUUACCGCUUGGUGUUUGUUACUUUUGACAUUUCCCGCAAACAAAAAUAAAAAACAGGAA